CCACGCCUCAAAUAUUAUAUUUCAUGCCUACAAUUACACCUGGUUUGGUGAACACCUCUGAAGCAGUUUCAUCCAAGGCCUAAUCUGGUGAAUAACAAGAGAGAGUGAUCGAUCGAUCAGUAUCAUAUUUACAAUGAAACCCAAUUCAAUGGUCACUCAAUUUGGAACCCCUUCCUCUUCUUCUUUCACCCAUAAACAUUCUUGGACAUAUGAUGUCUUUCUAAGUUUCAGAGGUCAGGAUACACGCAGAAAUUUUACAGACCAUUUGUAUAGCGCUUUGAGUCAACAGGGGAUCUUAACCUUCGAUAACGUUGAGGUUCCAAAAGGAGAAGUGAAUGGCCCGGCGAUUUUCAGAGCAAUCGAAGAGUCAAGAAUUUCUAUCAUCAUAUUAUCUCACAAUUAUGCAACUUCAAGAUGGUGUUUGGAGGAAUUGGUGAAGAUCCUCGGAUGUAGAAACUCAAAGCAAUUACAACAGGUUCUUCCUGUGUUCUACAAGGUUAGCCCCUCCGAUGUAAGGAACCUGAGAGGUCGUUUUGGUGAGGCAUUAGCUGCGCAUGAAAUUGAGUUCAAGGAUAAGAUAUAUGAAUGGAGAGCAGCUCUUGUGGAAGUAGCAAAUCUCUCUGGUUGGCAUUUUCUGGAGGACGGGUUUGAGUCGAAGUUUAUUCAUGGGAUUGUUGACGAGAUUUUGAAACGAGUACAUCUUACCUAUUUGCAUGUGGCGGAUUAUCCGGUAGGAAUAGAGUCUCGUAUACGUGAUAUGGAUAGGCUUGUAGGUGUUGGCGGGGAUGAUAUUCGUAUGGUCGGGAUAUGGGGGCCUGGUGGAAUAGGUAAAACAACAAUUGCCAAAGCUGUUUAUAAUUCAAUUAUUCACAAGUUCGAAUGUAGCUGCUUCCUGGAAAAUAUUAGAGAAAGAUCAGCGCAAUAUGGAGGCCUCGUGAAACUACAAAGAUUUUUUCUUUCCCACAUCCUAAAGGGAAAAGAAAUAAAAUUAGCCACUUGCAAUGAAGGAAUGACAGUUAUAAAGGAAAGAUUAAGCCACAAAAGGGUUCUGUUAGUUCUUGAUGAUGUGAAUGACUUGGAACAGUUAAGAAUAUUAGCUGGAGGAUCUCAGUGGUUUGGUUUGGGAAGCAGGGUUAUUAUUACAACAAGAGAUAAGCAUUUAUUAAUUGCUCAUCAGGUCAAUCUAAUAUACAAGAUCAAAAAAUUGGAUCAUCAUGAAGCUUUUGAGCUCUUCAGUUACAAUUGCUUCCCAAAAAAGGAACUUUCAAAUGAGUCUGCGAAACUGGCAAUUGAUGCAGUACAGUACGCCCAGGGCCUUCCAUUAGCUCUUGUAGCUUUAGGCUCAGUUCUUUGUGGUAGAUCUAUAGAGGAGUGGAAAGAAGCGAGAGAUGGUAAUUGGCAAUUUGGUAUCACAGGUCUGUAUGACACUCUUAAAAUAAGUAUUGAUGCAUUGGAACAUCAGGUUAGAGAAGUUUUCCUUGACAUCGCAUGUUUCUUUAGAGGUCAAAAUAACAAUCAUGUGAUACAGUUACUAAAAGGGGGUGGCAUCAAUCCUAACAUCAGUCUUAGUAUCCUCCAAGAAAAGGCGGUGAUAAGUAUUAAUGAAGAAAACCAUAUCUGGAUGCACAACUUGGUGGAGGUAAUGGGAAAAAGAAUAGUUCACAUUGAGUCCCCAAAUGAACCCUGCAAACGCAGUAGAUUGUGGUCUUCUGAUGAUGUUUACGAUGUAUUAACUAAAGGCAAAGGAACAAACAAAGUCAAAGGUAUCAUGGUAAAGUUGCCUGAACCAGAUGAGAUAGUAUUGAGUGCUGCAAGCUUUUCACGGAUGAAAAAUCUUAAAUACUUCAUAAACUGUAAUGCAUCUUUUUCGGGAUACAUUGAUUAUCUCCCUGAUGAGUUGAGGCUAAUUGAUUGGCCUGCAUUUCCUUUCGAAUCUUUACCAAUCAAUUUUAUUCCGAGGAAGCUUGUUAAACUCAGUAUGCCUCGCAGCUGCAUGUCACAACUGGGGGAGAGAUUCAAGCACUCCAAAACUCUGAAAUAUAUAAAUCUGGAAAGCUGCCCAUUCUUGACAGAAAUCCCGAACUUGUCUGGAUUUCCAAAUUUAAGGCACUUGAAUUUGAGCAACUGUACCGCUUUAGUUGAGCUUGAUGAUUCUAUUGGAUUCCUUAAUAAGCUUGUGUCUUUAAGUCUUUCAGGAUGCCGUAAUAUUACUAAGUUUCCAAGAAGAAUCGCCUUGAAAUCUGCAAAACAUAUUACUCUUAGAGGUUGCAGAAUGCUUGAGUCUUUCCCCGCAAUUGUAAAAAGGAUGGAGUGCUUGACAAGCUUAGAUCUAUCCGGCACUGCCAUCAAAGAAUUGCCUUCACAAAUUGCAUCUCUGAUUAGCCUUGAAGAGUUAACUAUAAGAGAAUGUGACAACCUUACUACUCUUCCAUGCAGCAUAUAUGAUUUGCAGAAUUUGGGGUCUCUUGAUCUCCAAGGCUGCUCAAAAAUUGUUACGUUUCCAAAAUGAUGUGCAGAAUCAGUCCCAACAUACUUGAACAUAUCACAUGACUUGACUUAUCUAAAUCUACGUGGCUGCAGGAUGCUUGAGGAAAUUCCUGAACUUCCACCAAAAGUGAAAUGGGUAAAUGCGGCUGAUUGCUUAUUGUUGGAACGAUUUACGAAAUUAUCAAACAUCUUGGAACAUAGAGAGUCGCAAAUGAUCAAAUGUGUUUCACUGUUGAAUUGUCAGAGACUGUGUGGAAGUCUGGCCAACAAAAUGGAAGAGAUUGAAGAUACUUUACUGAAUGAGGUCACUCUCUGCUCUCUGUUUCUCUCAUGCAAGCAAUCUGAAUUCAACGUUGUUUUUCCAGGAGCUGAAGUUCCAAAGUGGUUCAACCAUUGGAAGUAUUUGAGUAAUCCAGUUGAUACAUCUGAAUUUUCUUUUGAAAUCCCUCUCAAUUUCAAAUUGGGGGACAAAGGAUUGGCUAUAUGUGCAGUGGCUACUUCUGUAGAUGAUCUUGGUCAUUGCGCUUUCACAGCCAGAAUUAGCAUUCAGGAAGAAAGUAGUUGUCACG